GUCCGGUGGUCCUCGAGGGACCGCAGUUCGUCCAGCUGCUGUGGAAUGGGAAGGAAAGAUUAGGAUUAGCAGGUCCUUUAUGCUGACGUGGCAUUGGUUGGUUUGCACGUUGGCGUCAGGUCAUCAGACUUACUUUAAAAAAAAAAAAAAAAGGGACCAAGCAGCCGCACGUCAACGGAGGGAACGGCGUUUGUCGGGUGAAGCCGGCCGCUACCACCACCGGAUAAAGUUCAGUCGGCAGACUCAUCUUCUCCAUAGAACGGAUGAUAUAAGAUAGAACAGUAACAGCUCCGCAAGUCAAAGCAGUGAGCUUUACACAAUGUCUGACAAGUACCUGCCAGCCCAGAAUCUGAUGCUGAUUCUGAGCCUCACGCUGUUAACUGCAGCAGCUCAAGCAGCCCCAGAAGCCAUAGAAGCCGUGAUCUCUCGGUUGGACUCCAACCGGCCGUCUCCUUCCACUCAGCAAUCUGCCGCUUAUGGUGUUCUCACCAGACUGCUCCCUUCCCAUGCCCAGAGCUUUGAUUUCAAGAUUGUCUCUAAGGAUGUUUGCGGCGGAACAAGUUGCUUUCUGAUAAAAAAUCAAAAUAAGUCGAGCGAGGAUGGACCUGAGAUAAAGAUCAAGGGCACAACGGCAGUUGAACUGGCAUCGGGCCUGCAUUGGUACUUGAAGUAUUGGUGUGGAGUUCAUAUUUCUUGGGACAAGACUGGGGGUAUACAGGUAGCUUCGGUCCCUGAACCAGGGUCCUUGCCUCAAGUGAAGGAUGAGGGUGUGAUAGUUCAACGGCCUGUUCCAUGGAAUUACUAUCAAAAUGUUGUCGCCUCUAGUUAUUCCUAUGUCUGGUGGGACUGGAACAGAUGGGAAAAGGAAAUAGACUGGAUGGCCUUGCAAGGGGUUAAUCUACCUUUGGCAUUCACAGGACAAGAAGCCAUUUGGCAAAAAGUUUUCAUGGAUUUUAAUAUCACUGCGGAGGAAUUGAAUGAUUUCUUUGGGGGACCCGCUUUUCUCGCUUGGGCUCGCAUGGGAAAUUUACAUGGGUGGGGUGGCCCUUUGUCACAAAGUUGGUUGGAUCAGCAACUGAAUUUGCAGAAACAGAUAUUAACUCGAAUGCUUGAGUUAGGAAUGACUCCUGUGCUCCCGUCCUUCUCUGGGAAUGUUCCAGCGGCAUUAGCCAAGAGAUAUCCCUCAGCUCAUAUAACCAGACUUGGUGACUGGAACACAGUUGAUGGGAAUCAAACAUGGUGUUGUACAUACCUCCUUGACCCUUCUGACUCUCUGUUUGUUGAGAUCGGCAAGGCUUUUAUACUGAAGCAAAUCGAAGAAUACGGAGAUGUGACAGAUAUUUACAACUGUGACACAUUUAAUGAAAAUGCACCUCCUACAAAUAAUGUGACGUUCAUCUCGUCACUUGGUGCAGCAGUGUACAAGGCCAUGUCAAAAGGUGAUAAAGAUGCUGUUUGGUUAAUGCAAGGCUGGCUCUUCUACUCGGACUCCUCCUUUUGGAAGCCACCGCAAAUGCAAGCACUUCUGCAUUCUGUUCCACUUGGGAAAAUGAUAGUUCUUGACCUCUUUGCUGAUGUCAAGCCUAUAUGGAAAAAUUCCUCUCAGUUCUAUGGCACUCCUUAUAUUUGGUGCCUUCUGCACAACUUUGGAGGGAAUAUCGAGAUGUAUGGCAUACUCGAUUCCAUAUCUUUGGGACCCGUUGAGGCUCGAACGAGUGCAAACUCCACUAUGGUCGGAGUUGGGAUGUGCAUGGAAGGAAUCGAGCAAAACCCUGUCGUCUACGAGCUGAUGUCAGAAAUGUCAUUCCGUAAUGAAAGUGUUCUUGUCUCGGAUUGGAUUAAGACUUACUGUCGGAGACGAUAUGGGAAAGCAGUUGAUCAAGUCGAAGCUGCUUGGGAUAUCCUUUAUCGGUCUAUUUAUAACUGCACGGAUGGAAGAGCCGACCAUAAUACUGAUUUUAUCGUCAAGUUUCCCGAGUACGACCCAUCACCGUCCUCUGGAUCUGAUUCGAAGAAACGGGCGGAGGAGAAAAUGUCCCACACGUUGCUCCAAAACAGGCGUUUUCUGUUCCAGGAGACAAGCCGCGAUCUUCCUCUGGCCCAUCUAUGGUAUUCACCUCAGGAGGUCGUUAGUGCUUUAAAACUGUUCCUUGAUGCUGGAACACAACUCAGUGGAAGCCUAACGUAUAGGUACGACUUGGUCGACAUUACAAGACAAGUGCUGUCAAAAUACGCGAACCAAGUUUAUUUGGAUGCUUUGAGUGCCUAUCAGGAAAAGGACGCAAGUAAAUUGGAUCUCUAUAGCCAAAAGUUUGUUGAGCUGAUAAAGGAAAUUGACGAGCUUCUAGCCUCUGAUGAUAAUUUUUUGCUUGGAACAUGGCUUGAGAGUGCGAAAGCUUUGGCUUCAAAUCCGACCGACCUGAGACAGUACGAGUGGAAUGCGAGGACGCAAGUGACGAUGUGGUAUGAUAACACAGAAGUGCUUCAGAGCAACCUUCACGACUACGCGAACAAGUUCUGGAGCGGUCUUCUGGAAAGUUACUACCUGCCUCGGGCGUCAACCUACUUCUACUACUUAUCGAGAAGCUUGAAAGAGAAUGUGGAGUUCAAGCUAGAGGAGUGGGAAAGGGAGUGGAUAUCAUACUCAAACAAAUGGCAAGCAGGAACCGAGCUUUACCCGGUGAAGGCGAAAGGAGCAGCCCUCGAGAUUGCUAGAUCAUUGUAUGAUAAAUACUUGAGAUGAACCAACCUUUUCAUAAAUUGCACUCUUUAAAUGCUCAUAAUCCAUUGCAGUCAAUAAUGAAAUUAGAGGCAAUGCGGCAAAUAAGCAAGCAAGUCUUCCUA